GAAAAUGAUAUAUAGGAGUAGGUUAAAUCUACAGAAAAAACUAGCCAAUGAACUAUUACUAGAUGGGCAGAACUCAGUUACUCGCUUACUGUGUGUACCAUUCACAUUCCUUUCGCUCGUUAGUGAAACAGAUGCUGUUGCAAGAACUUUUGCUUCUGCUAUAGCUUUCCUUGAAGGGUUUAGUACUGAAAGCUUAGAAACCGAUAUAAGUAUUGAACAGAAUGCUCUUGGACACUAUUCAUUUCAUAGCAAGGUGAAAUUUGUUCCUUACCGAUCCACUAUAGAAUCUCGAUCUUCACAACAAUCUACUCCGAUGGAUGUUUUGCCCAAACCACUAAGUGAUCCAAGUUCUCAAAGGUCAACCAUUGCUCAGAAAUCAUGGAAUGAAAAACACAUAGAUCUAGAGCUUAGAGAAGCGAUCGCAUUUCCAUUUUUGCAAAUUGAUGGUGCCAUUGACACACUAUUGAGACGAGCUGAUGCGCUCUCUGCUGCCAAAAUAGUUAUUGAAUUCUGCUCUGAAGCUGGCAUUUUAGUUUCUUCUUCGACAAUCAUAGAUAUUUUCGAGCGCCUAAGGGCGGAAGACUAUUCUCUUGCAAAUCAAAUAGUUAAGCAAUAUGAGGCCGAACUAGAAUCACUUCCCAAUAUGAGCGAUAUCUUAGGAAUGAAAUAUUUUUCUUUCAUGAAUGAUGAUAUUAACUCUUCUAAAUCUAAUAGUAUUGAGAAGCAUACUAGGCGUUCUAGCAAACUUCAGCGAAUAAGAAAGCCAAAAUGAGAUAUAAAGUGUAGUAUUACUAUCAUUUGCCAAACACAGUGCUCUUUUUUCUUUACUUGAAUAUA